CUUAUUUAGAACUAGUCAAUAAAUACCACCAAGAUGGAUCAAUUAAACGUUAAAGAACAACAAGAAUUCCAACAAAUCGUUGAACAAAAACAAAUGAAAGAUUUCAUGAGAUUAUACUCCAACUUAGUCUCAAGAUGUUUCGAAGAUUGUGUUAACGAUUUCACUUCUGCCAACUUGACUACUAAAGAAAGUGGUUGUAUCAGUAAGUGUUCUGAAAAAUUCUUGAAACACUCUGAAAGAGUUGGUCAAAGAUUCCAAGAACAAAAUGCCUUGUUGAUGCAAAAUUUGCAAAAGCAAUAGAUUCCUCCCUAAUGAUUAUCAAGAAUGCCAAUAGAAUUCUUAUGUAACGAUAUAAUUAUACAAGCCAUCGAGGAAAGUCCAUGUUUGACCAUUUGGGCUCUUUUCCUUGAGGCUGCUUUGUUCAUUCUGUGCAGCCGUUUUCUCUUUUUUUUUUGAAUUUUUGAAUAAGUUCUCCUACACUCUGUACAUAUUUAGAACUUAUAUCCCAAUAUACAUAUAAGAUAUUACCA